GGUGUGCGGAGGCCGAUGCGCGCUGCGCCGCGGACGCUCCAACUUUUCCGACCAUGGUAUAAGCCCGGAUUACCGCCUCGCGCAGACCGACAUGUUCACCGCGUUCACCGCGGCGCGCGUGAGCUAAACGCCACCGGAGCGAUGUGAGGGCUCCGCUCUGAAGUCGGAGAUAAACCAAAAAAAUUAAAAAUAAUAACCAAGAAUAAAGAGGAAUAUCGGCGUAACAUGCAGAAGAGCGUGCGUUACAACGAGGGCCACGCGCUCUACCUGUCCGGGGUCGCGCGCAAAGAGGGAACCAAGCGCGGCUUCCUGAGCAAGAAGACCACGGAGAACAGCCGCUGGGCCGAGAAGUACUUCGCGCUCUACCAGAACGUGCUCUUCUACUUCGAGAACGAGCAGAGCACGAGGCCCUCCGGCAUCUACCUGCUGGAGGGAUGCACGUGCGAGCGCGCGCCGGCGCCCAAGGUGUCCGCGGUCAGCAAGGAGCCGAUGGAGAAACAGCAGCACUACUUCCUGGUGGUUUUUGGCCACGAUGGACAGAAACCUCUGGAGCUGCGGACAGAAGAAGAGUCGGACUGUAACGAGUGGGUGGAGUUCAUCCAGCAGGCCAGCUACUCGGACGUCAUCAUCGAGCGCGAGAUCCUCAUGCAGAAGUACAUCCACCUGGUGCAGAUCAUGGAGACCGAGAAGAUCGCCGCCAAUCAGCUGCGCACUCAGCUGGAGGACCAGGACACCGAGAUCGAGAGGCUCAAAGCCGAGAUUGUUGUGUUGAAUAAAACCAAGGAGAGGAUGCGGCCGUACCAGAACAACCAGGAGGAGGAGGACCCGGAUAUCAAGAAGAUCAAGAAGGUGCAGAGCUUCAUGCGUGGCUGGCUCUGCCGGAGGAAGUGGAAGAUCAUCGUCCAGGACUACAUCUGCUCGCCUCACGCCGAGAGCAUGAGGAAGAGGAACCAGAUCGUCUUCACCAUGGUGGAGGCGGAGACGGAGUACGUCCACCAGCUCUCCAUCCUGGUCAACUGCUUCCUGCGGCCGCUGCGCAUGGCCGCCAGCUCCAAGAAGCCCCCCAUCAGCCACGACGACGUCAGCAGCAUCUUCCUCAACAGUGAGACGAUCAUGUUUCUACAUGAGAUCUUCCACCAAGGCCUGAAGGCUCGCAUCGCCAACUGGCCCACUCUGGUCCUCGCCGACCUGUUCGACAUCCUGCUGCCGAUGCUGAACAUUUACCAGGAGUUUGUCCGGAACCACCAGUACAGCCUGCAGGUUCUGGCCAACUGCAAGCAGAACAGGGACUUCGACAAGCUGCUCAAACAGUACGAGUCCAACGCCGCCUGCGAGGGCCGCAUGCUGGAGACGUUCCUCACCUACCCCAUGUUCCAGAUCCCACGCUACAUCAUCACUCUCCACGAGCUGCUGGCGCACACGCCUCACGAGCACGUGGAGCGCAAGAGUUUGGAGUUUGCCAAAUCCAAACUGGAGGAACUCUCAAAGAUGAUGCACGAUGAGGUGAGCGACACAGAGAACAUCAGGAAGAAUCUGGCCAUCGAGCGGAUGAUCGUGGAGGGCUGCGACAUCCUGCUGGACACGAGCCAGACCUUCGUCCGCCAAGGCUCCCUCGUCCAGCUGCCGUCCAGCAGUGAGCGGGGCAUGCUGAGCAAGGUCCGCCUCGGCUCGCUGUCGCUCAGGAAAGAAGGAGAGCGUCAGUGUUUCCUCUUCACCAAACACUUCCUCAUCUGCACACGAACGUCUGGAGGGAAACUCCACCUCCUCAAGCAAGGAGGAACGCUGUCCCUGAUCGAGUGCACCCUGAUCGAGGAGCUGGACGCCAACGAUGAGGACUACAACGCCGCUGGUCAAGGCUUCAACCACCUUCAGUUUAAGAUUGUGGUGGAGCCUCCCGAUGGUCAGAGCUUCUCCGUCGUCCUCUUGGCUCCGUCUCGUCAGGAAAAGGCCGCCUGGACCAGCGAUAUCAGUCAGUGCAUCGACAACAUCCGCUGCAACGGCCUGAUGACCAGCGUGUUUGAGGAGAACUCCAAGGUCUCUGUGCCACACAUGAUCAAGUCGGACGCCCGGCUGCACAAGGACGACGUGGACAUCUGCUUCAGCAAGACGCUCAACUCCUGCAAAGUCCCGCAGAUCCGCUACGCCAGCGUGGAGCGCCUCCUGGAGCGCCUGACCGACCUGCGCUUCCUCUCCAUAGAUUUCCUCAACACCUUCCUCCACACCUACCGGAUCUUCACCACGGCCGCCGUGGUCAUCGACAAGCUGGCCGACAUCUACAAGAAGCCGUUCACCUCCAUCCCCGUGAGGAUCGAGCAGCAUUCAUGCGACCGUCUGUCCAUCAUGUCCCUCUGUCCCGACUACAGUCUGAAGAUCACCCAGCUGGCGCUGGACCAGUCCAAGUCUUUGGAGCUCUUCUUCGCCACCAACCAGGGCGCCUGGGGCACCGACCCCCUGAACAACAAGUCCCCCCGUCUGUGCCGCAAGUUCUCCUCGCCCCCGCCCCUCUCCAUCCCGUCCCGCACCUCCUCCCCGGUCCACUGCCGCAAGCUGUCCCUGAGCUCGCCCGUCGGCAUGAAGACGGGCGUCCUGGACCUGUCCGCCACCCCGUCCUCCUCCGCCGCCAACUCCCCCACCUCCACCCACAGCCCCUCCAUCUCCUCCCCGCCUCCGGGCUCCACCAGGCCCGCGUCCUCGGGCUUCUCCUCGCCGCCGCCCACCGCCACGCGCUCGCCCAGCCUCCCCCAGGCCUCGGGGGUGUGCUCGCCGCCGCCCGUGUCCACGAAGGCGCCGCUUGACCUGAGCCGCGGUCCCAGCUCCCCCGAGCUGGGCCCGGCCGGCGGGGAGGACGUCAGCGGGGAGUUGCCCCGCAUCGACGCCUUCUGCGGGAAGCUGAGGCGAAGCAUCCGCCGGGCCGUCCUGGAGUCUGUUUCGCUGGACAAGUUCAUCCCCGAGUCCCCGUCCAUCAGCGAGCCGGGCGACUUGUCUCCCUGCCGCUCGCCCUCCACGCCGCGUCACCUCCGCUACCGUCAGACGGGAGCCGCCUCGGGGGAGAACUCCCGCUGCGCCAUGUCGCCGGCCUCGGCGUUCGCCAUCGCCACCGCCGCCGCCGGACACAGCAGCUCCCAGGCUUUUGCCAACUCUGAGAAAACCUGUGAUAAAGAGUUCAUCAUCCGCAGAGCCGCGACCAACAGGGUUCUCAACGUGCUGCGACACUGGGUCUCCAAACACUCCCAGGACUUUGAGAUGAACAGCGUGUUGAAGAUGGGGGUGAUCAACCUGCUGGAGGAGGUGCUUCGAGACCCGGACCUGCUGCCGCAGGAGAGGAAAGCAACGACCAACAUAUUAAGUGCACUUUCUCAAGAAGAGCAAGACGACGCUCAGCUGAGGAUAGAGGACAUUUUACAGAUGAAAAGCUGCCCGCUGCUUCACUUCAUCGUGGCGGAGAGUCCGAAGGCGGAGUGCUUCGAGUCCCUGUCUGCGAUGGAGCUGGCCGAGCAGAUCACGCUGCUGGACCACAUCGUGUUCCGGAGCAUCCCCUACGAGGAGUUCCUGGGUCAGGGCUGGAUGAAGGUGGACAAAAGCGAGAGGACGCCGUACAUCAUGAAGACCAGCCAGCACUUCAACGACAUGAGUAACCUGGUGGCGUCCCAGAUCCUGGCCCACACCGACGUGGGCUCCCGGGCCAGCUCCAUCGAGAAGUGGCUGGCGGUGGCCGACAUCUGCCGCUGCCUCAACAACUACAACGGCGUGCUGGAGAUCACCUCGGCGCUGAACCGCAGCGCCGUCUACCGGCUGAAGAAGACCUGGGCCAAGGUCUGCAAGCAGACGAAGGCGCUGAUGGACCGCCUGCAGAAGACGGUGUCUUCAGAGGGGAGAUUCAAGAACCUCAGAGAGACGUUAAAAAACUGUAACCCUCCGUGUGUUCCCUACCUGGGCAUGUACCUCACUGACCUGGCCUUCAUCGAGGAGGGAACCCCAAACUUCACCGAGGAGGGGCUGGUCAACUUCUCCAAGAUGAGGAUGAUUUCUCACAUCAUCCGGGAGAUUCGUCAGUUUCAGCAGGCGCCGUACAGAAUAGAACACCAGCCAAAGGUGACUCAGUUCCUGCUGGAUAAAUCCCUGGUGAUGGAUGAAGACACGCUCUACGAGCUCUCUCUGAAGAUCGAGCCCCGGGUUCCCCCCGGCUGAGGACCGGCUCCGGGUCGUCCAGGUCGUCCUCGUCCUCAUAAACUCAGGGGAAACUGUGCCUUGCUGAAUGAACAUCUGAAGAGCUUUUGUAAACGGUCCCGCCUCGCCCAGCAGUGAUGUCUGUUCAGACGCUGGCCACCUGAAAGUAACCGGCUGCGGCCGUCUGCCGCUCUGUAAAUACUGGAAACAGUCUGCCUCCUGGGUGUCGCGCUCCCACACCCUCAGUCUGAUCGUCUGUCUCAUCAGUCAGGCGGAUUCUGACCCGCUGACCUCCGCUCAGCCCGUUUACUGCCGUCAGGAUUCAGACGUUUGAAGAAGGAGCAGUUGAGGCAGUUCAGGGCUGAAACCCGGUUUGCACUGACAGAAUGUGCUGGUAGCUCCAGCUUUAAAGGUGCAGGAUUUUAAACAAACAGCUUUUGUCCACUAGGUGGCAGCAGGAAGUCGCUGCUCCUCAAAGAUCAAGAAGUAAGAGCCUCAAAUUUUCCAUUCUGAAUGGAUUCUUUCAGCAGAUUCUUCUGCAUCUUCCUGAUCGUAACAACUCCUGGGCCUUCUGGGUAAACUCUGGAUCAGGACGCGGCAGAGGAAACUGUGACUGAACGUCAAGUUUAGAAGCAGCCAAACAGAUUCUGUUCUUGAUGAGAAGCAUCUGAAAAUACGAAAGGGAAGCAGAAAACUGUGAUUUUGGCUCAUGAUCACAAGCCUGAGAUGUAGGGCUGCACAAUUAGUCGUAAAAAAAAAAACGCGAUCUCGAUUCAUACAUCGAUGCGAUCUCAUUUCUCAAUGGUGACGAUUUUUACGUCACGCCGACUAAUGCGCAACGCGCACCCAGGCGGACAUGUGAAGCAUGGACGGGCCGUUGGAUGAAAACUCAGUUUGUUUUCCGUUUGUCGAGUUUGUAUAUGUUCUUUUAAUUAAAAAAAAAAACUCAGAACACUUACUACAUUACCCACAAUGCCUUGGGUGCAUCUCAGUAUGACGGUGACUGAGUGCAAUAAAUAUUUAAAUUUGAAAAAAAAGAAAAAAUCGUGAGAGAAUCGUGGUCGCAAUCCUAAGCAAAAAAAAUUGUGAUUUUAAUUUUUUCCGGAAUCGUGCAGCCCUACGAGAUGCAGAAACCAGCGGCCAAAAUGAGUUUUAGUGGAGCUGCUUCUCCUCCACUUCCAGAGAUUGAGCUACUUUUUAAUAUUUUCCCAUUAGAGAUCGAUCAACAGCAGCCAGUUUCAACAAAGUCCAGCUUCUGUCCCUCAGUGUUCUGGGUAACGUCUCCAGGAUUGAGGUUUCAGCCACUUUUAAUUCCUCGUUUUGCAGCGCCCUCGUGUGGAGAAAGUAGGAAAAGAUAAGGGAAUAAAAAUCCUCGGGAAAUAUGAGUGAUUCAUCUCAGAAAAUCAGGCAGAGUGAAGAGUCGACUACGGUGGUUCUUCUCCAGAUCAGCUGAUUGUCAAUCCAGACAGGGGUCACACGGUGACCCCGGGGUCAGCAGGGUCCAGGAUGAGCUUUUCCAAAACAUCGGGGGUUCAGUCGAGACGUUUGGUGCCGACGGACUCGUCUGUUCCUCCGCGGUGCUCCAAGGAAUCGUCCUCUGGAAGUUUCUGGUAGUUUACUCAAACUUAAGGCGUUUCCUGACAAUCAGAUCAGAUUUUCAGUUUUUUUUAAUACUCAUCAUGUUGUACAUAAGUUGUUGUUUGUUUGUUUUUUUAAAGAGAAUUGGCUUCAAAAGGGUUCAGUUACAUUUUCUUUUGUGAAUCUUCAUGAUUAUUAGUUCCUGUUCAUGUUUGAAUCCCACUGACUGUGAUAGCACUGUUUCUGAAGAAUGUCAAUAGACUCCAGUUGUUUCUAGCAUGAAUUAGCCUGAUUGUAUCCGCUCACCUUCAGCUCCAUUCGUAGUGACUUAAUGAAGCUUUUUUUUAAUAGUGUAGUUUAUCUGCCUUCGGGAAUCUUUUAAAAGCUUUUCUGCUCUGAUGUUCACAGUCCUCUGCUUUCUUACACUCACCUCAACUGAUUGUUUUUUUCCAUUUCUCUGUGAUGAUGUACAGAUAUUUACACUCCAGGCUGGAAAAUAAAAAUGCAAAA